AUGUCUUCCAAUUACUUGUAUGUAAAAAUUGCUGAAUAUCUGUCUGAUUUAAAAACUGAGCAUAUCAUAGUGGUCACACUUAUUUAUCAAGGGUUGGAAGCGAACCCAUGGAUUAGUAAAAAUGAACUGAGAGAUAUUGUGGAUAGUGCAGUUAAUUUG